AGGGGCGGGGGGUAAAGACGUGGCCCCGCCCCCUCUGCUGGUGAACACGGAACUGCUGCUCCAUCCCUGCGGACUCAAGAGGAAAAGACGUACUCUACAGCGUCGAAGAAAAAAAACAACCUUUUUUUUUGGACUGACUGGCGUUUGUCUUGUCACCGAUUGCAGAAUGUUCCGCUUGCGGGCAUUGUCCGCAGUUUCGGUGGGGCUCGCGCAGUUGUCCCGGCGCUACCACAGUGGCGCAGCACGAGGGUCUGGACAGAGGAGGCUGAUGCUGGCAGCCCUGGCUGGGGUAACUGGUGUCUCUGCCAGUGCUGGGCUCCUCUGGACAAGGGCACAUGCAGAAGCCGGACCUUCCGUUCAACACUCUGAACAACCAGGAGGAGAGGAUGCUGAUUUUAUGAGGGAUACAGACUCUGAGACGGAGUCAGAGAAAUCGGUGGAGGCGAGCAUUGGAGAUAAGGAAGUGACGGAUGAAGGGGGAGAGGGGAAAAAAAAGAAGCCACGCUCUGGAUUCCGUGACCGCAAGGUGAUGGAGUAUGAGAACCGGAUAAGGGCCUACUCGACCCCAGACAAGAUUUUCCGCUACUUUGCCACGCUGAAGGUCAUUGGCGAGCAUGGAGACGCUGAGGUUUACAUGACGCCCCAGGACUUCAUACGCUCCAUCACACCUAAUGAGAAGCAGCCUGAGAGUCUAGGCCUCGAUCAGUUCAUCGUGAAGCGAUAUGAUGGGAAGGACUUCUGGCAGACGGAGAAAAUCGCCCAGGAGAGGGAGAAGUUUGCAGAUGAGGACAGCAUAUUUUACACACUGGGAGAAUGUGGCCUUAUUUCCUUCUCUGACUACAUCUUUCUGACCACUGUGCUGUCCACUCCCCAGAGAAACUUUGAAAUUGCUUUCAAGAUGUUUGAUCUCAACGGUGAUGGGGAGGUGGACCUGGAGGAGUUUGAACAGGUCCAGAGCAUCAUUCGCUCGCAGACCAGCAUGGGCAUGCGACAUCGCGACCGCUCCACCACAGGAAACACCCUGAAGACAGCCGGCUGCAGCUCUGCCCUCACCACAUACUUCUUUGAUCAAGACCUGAAAGGAAAACUCACCAUUGGCAGCUUCCUGGAGUUUCAGAGGAAACUGCAGCAUGAUGUGCUCAAACUAGAGUUUGAGAGGAACGAUCCGAUGGACGGCAGAAUCAGCGAGAGACAGUUCGGAGGCAUGUUGUUGGCCUACAGCGGCGUCCAGUCUCGUAAACUCAAGCAGAUGCAGAAGGGCUUGAAGAAGAUGUUUAAGGAUGCACAGGGCAUCACAUUUGAGGAGGUGGAGAAUUUCUUCACUUUCCUAAAGAACGUGAAUGACGUGGACACAGCCCUGAGUUUCUACCACAUGGCAGGAGCUUCCAUAGAUAAAGUUACCAUGAAGCAGGUGGCCCGCACCGUGGCCAAGGUGGAGUUGUCGGAUCACGUGUGCGACGUGGUGUUCGCUCUGUUUGACUGUGAUGGAAACGGAGAGCUUAGCAAUAAGGAGUUCAUAGCUAUUAUGAAGCAGCGGCUGAUGCGUGGGCUGGAGAAACCCAAGGAUAUGGGCUUCACUCGGCUGGUGCGCGCCAUGUGGAAGUGUGCCCAGGACACUGCCUGGGACUUUGCCAUGCCCAAGACAUCCUGAGGCAACGAGCGGGCCAAAGAGGAAGACACCGUGUGAAUGAAGCAUCAACACACAUUCUUUUUCCACAGGUCCUGAGAAUUUAAAUAGACAAUUAAUGUGACGGACUCAUUAGGAUGGCAGCUCCGAGGGGCAUCUUUAAUCAUUAAUGCAUGUCGAUGUAGUUCGAGCUAUCAAUACCGCGACUGAAGCAUGCUGACACAGCGCAGUGUCUCUCUAAAGGCCUCUCUCUGUGUGCCUGUCUAAGGCAUCGUGGGUGUUUGUAUAUUUUAUAUAUAAGCAAGCAAACUUUGUACGUGUAUUUUUGUCAUAUUCUAUAGAGGAAUGCAGUUUCUGGGUGACGCUAAAAACAGCACUUUGAUAUAUGUAUUAUGUUUUACUGCAAAAGGCGAGACAAGAAGUGGAAUCUAUCUUAUUUGACCUUCAGCUCCUUCUGUUCUAUACUCACAACAGACCCUUGAUUAUUUCUUUGAUGGGAUAGAGAGCAGAAGUCUGGAAUCUUGUUAGCGCCUCUUCAUUCAUCCCUCAGGCUCCAGCUGCAGCUUUACACCCGUCAUUUUGUCCCAUAAAAGAUCAAAGAUGCUUGUCUGACUACAAUGUACUGUGUGUAUUCUUCAAAUUAUCGAAAACACUUUAUAAGAUGAACGGUUAAAAGAAAAUGCUCUAUUAAAGAUGUUUAAAUAAUGUAAAGCAGAUUAAAGCUAAGUUCUAAACGA